CUUGCCUGUAUGUGUGUGCGCGUCAUGUCUGGAUACAAACUCAUAUUAUUUUUUCCUUUGAGCCACAUCUUUUAGUUAAACUAUCACUUGCAUAGGUGAAUCAAGCCGGUUGAAGAAAAAGAAGAAUAAAAAACUUGCCUGCGACAAACUUUGCACACGAGGAUAACCAGUUUACUACGCAACAGAAAAACAAGCCGCAUCUACGCAAUUUAACCAAAUUGGGUCCAUAAUCUGUGUGGACACAGACCAGCCUCGCUCACAGCGCUGCACGCAGCUCUGCUUUUAUCUCCCUUUUUGGUGGAGUUUCAAAAAAACCAAGAGUGCCUUCAUGGUAGGAAAUGAAGUUGUGAUAACCGUCAUUUGAGAGGCAAUAACACAAAAGUUUAUUAUAGGAGAUCAGCCAUAAGAAUAAGCUAAAAAUGCUAAGGACGCUGACGAAGAAGCUCAGAAGACAUUCCCUGAAUGAGAUCCAUCCUUUCCAGCUGAAGAUUUCUUACCAUGGGAGUGGAGAGGGAGCGGAGAGUGACGACUCCGAAGGCGAGAACCAGGAGCUUGCACAGAUCGACAGAGAGAGACGGAGAAAUUGCACCCUCACCCCCUUGGCCACCAAUCAGCAACACAACCAGGGUCCCCUCUCUCCGGCCCGGUUACGACGCCUCCGCCUUCUUUUAGAUGCCAAUCUGGAUCGUCACUCCUCGGAGGAAGAACUUGAGCGAAUUAUUUGUGGUGAAAACAGAAAGUGGGUGUCAGCGCUCCCCCAGCGCCACAGUGACCACCACAGCAGCGCCUCCAGCGACGAGGAGGUGCGGGACCUCUGUGGCUGCCGGUCCCCGCCGGCGUCCACCAGGCCGCUGGGGGAGCCUGGGAUUUGCCUGGCUGCCACUCCCAGCCCUGUACUCUUCAGUUCCAGCCCACCGCGUAGCCUCAAGCCGCCGCCAGUGAGAUUUCAGCUGCAGGUGGUGAAGCCUGUCACACGGCCCAUCAUUCUGACCCACUUUGACCAGUCAGCACCUUACAGGAAGUGUCGCCACAGUUACGGUGGAGAGCCGGGGAGACCCAGUCUAGACCUUGAAAAAAUGCAACAGAAAAUGCUGCUGAAAAAGAACUGCGGAGGAAAAACACGGACAAUGAAGAUCCGAAAUCUCCCCAGCAGUCGUCCUCCGUCCAGGUACACGUUUGACCCCUCCAUCUUCGCCUUCCGGUCCCUGAGCGCGGUGCCCCCCUGCAGCCCCUUGACUCUGUCUGAGGAUCCUCCCUGCUGUUGAGCAGGUUUGUCCUCCACCAGCCAACGACGCCCCCGUUUCUUCCCAAGCUGGGGCUUUUUUUACAGCUUCUGUAGCAACAUCAAGGAGCGACCGCUAUGAAACUGUCCAUCUCUCACUUUCUUUUUGACUGAUGCCGAUAUUGGCUGGAACAUUUGGAUAUUAAAAUGGCCUAAUGCAACAAUUCCGGGGAUUAGAUAUUGCAUAUGUGGAGCUGUUUUUAGGAAAGUAUUAAUCACCAAGCAAACAUGGAGUGAGAACCAACAAAGGACAAGGACGCACCGUUCUGGAACCUGAACUGUUUUAGUUUGGACUGAUAUUCAAGGGAAAUAAUGCAUGUUAGACAAUCAAGUGGCUCCAGGGUGUCUUCUUUUAUAAGCUUCUUUAUUUAAACAAGGCAAGAUGAGUCAUCUGCUAUCUUGUUAUUGUUGAAAUGAGGUAGUGGUUACAUUUAUGUCUGAAAAAUUACUUCUCUGGAUGUAUCACUGAAUAUGCAGCUCAGUUACUGUAAGGUCGAGCUAUAGCCAAUCAUGUACUGUAGUUGAAAAGUCGACCUUUGAUAAUGUGCAUUUCCUAAUAAAUAUGUCACUUGUA